AUGCGAAUUUUCAGCGUGAUUUUCUUGGUUGGUGCCUUUGUGAUGUGUGUGACGAGUUUCCGAUCUCGAGGCCUCCCCGCGCAAUUUGGGGCCCAAUUCGAUAGCCCCGAUCUUCCGUUGGAUAUCGGUGUUCGACAACAAGAAGGAUCUGGAUUCUCACAAAAUAGCAAGGGCUCGGCUCUCCGUAAUCGGUGCAUUUUCUGUCGAGGCGGAAAUUUCCAACGC